UCCGCGCCCGGCGCCUGAGGCGGCAGGUGGCUUCGCAAUGGAUGAGACUGUUGCUGAAUACAUCAGGAGAACCGUGCUCAAAAUCCCCCGCCAUGAGAUCAAGGCGAUGCUGCAGACGUGGGGCUUCCUCUCCGAGGCCCAGCUGCAAACCGUGAAUUUCCAUCAGACCAAGGACAGCGUUUCCCAACAGGUUGUUCAGCUCUGCGAGGAUAAUUCAGCAGACAUAAAGCAAGCAGCCCUCCUGGACAUUAUUUACAACCACAUCUAUCCAAACAAAAGAAUCUGGAGUGUUUAUCAGAUGAACAAAUCAGGGGAAGAAACAGAUUUUUUUGACUUAAGAGAUUUCAAAAAAAAAUUUAAAAGACGACUACAGACAGCUCUGAAAAAUGUUACCAUCAACUUUAAAGAAUAUGAGGAUAAUGCCAUCUGGAUUAGAAUUGCUUGGGGAACACCAUAUAAAAAUCCAAACCAGUACAAAACCAGCUAUGUUGUAUACCAUUCACAGACACCCUAUGUCUUCAUUUCUGCCUCAGUGAUUAGGAGCACCUUACCUCUGCUAUGUCAGGCACUGGUUGUGGCUUCCAAUUACCAUGACAUCCGUGAAAUGGAGCUUCGAAGUCAUUGCUUAAACUCCCUUAAAGAUAUUGUGUUUAAGAGAUAUAGCCAGACCUUCCAGACAUAUUAUCCAAGACCCUUACAAGAAAGGAACGUAACCUCAGAGAAUGUGGAUUUAAGGAUAAUUCAAGAAAACAAAAAUGAGAAAGAAAGAAUACUGAGAGUGAAUCGUGAAGUUUUUGGUGAUGGUCCCCAACCAAAACUUGAAUUUGCACAAUAUAAGCUGGAGACAACAUUUAAGAGUAACCCUUCACUGGAUGUGUCGGACAUAAAAGAGCCAUUCAGAUGUCUUGUCAAGUUUUCUAGUCCACAUCUCUUAGAAUCACUGAAAUCCUUGGCACCAGCAGGUCUAGCUGAUGCGCCACUUUCACCAUUACUUACUUGUAUACCGCAAAAAGCGAGGAAUUAUUUUAAAAUUAGAGAGAGGAAAGGUAUCUUUCCAGGAAGCUUUGUAAGCCCUUAAUUUAAGAGUGAUUUUAUAGAAAAAUAUAGAACUCAUUUAUUACUAGCAUUAUCCAAAUCAUAAUAAAGGUUAAAACAUUUUUUAAAUUAACUUAUUCCUUCAAUUUCCCUUAAAUUCCUUCCAAUUAAAGUCUUCAACCCUGUGAAUAGCCCCAUUUAACGACGGGGAGUGACCUGCCUGCUCAGGUCAGGCGCCUUGCGAGCUUGGCAGAAGAGGAUUCCACAGUGAGAUGGUUGCAGACGAGCGGGGAAAGGAGACAGGACUCUUGAAAAGCAGAUGUCAGGGAGAAGUUUCCAUCCAGCUCCACUGGUCAUUGAUUUAGAUCCAGUAUCUUUACUGGCCAAGUGCAAUAUUCAAGAACAAAUAUCUAUAUAAAAAGCUAUUUUUUAAUGUUUGCAUUAGUAUCUUAUGAAAUUUUACCUUUAGAGUAAUGAAAUAGGCAAUAACUUUGUUUUGAGGAAGUUGUGCUUCAGAAUGUGUGCUUCAUUAAAGACUUCC